UUCUGUUAAAGCAAUCCACGCAGGAGGUGAAACAUGGACGAGUUACCCAAUUCCGACGAUCCCCAAACGGAAUGUGAUGGAGAAAUAAGGCGCGUCGCAGACCAACAGCAUCUCGAACCGAAAAGUGCGCCGGAAAUUCCGUGCAGACGCUCCGCGCGUAUCUCCGCCGCCAAGGAAAACGGCACGCUUCUCUUAAACGCGUACGAAUACCUCAUCGCCGCAAGUUUCAAUAAGAAGCCUCGAAAGGAGAUCAGUGCGCGACGUAAGACCGCCAAAAAAGUGACGGACCCCUGCGAUUGCCAAGAGAAGUUUUCGAUGAGUUCGAAGAGAUUAAGGACCCUAUCCCAUUCGAACAACGCGUCUCCUGCCACCGAAAACGAAUGCGAUCAACCGCGCAAAGAUGAUGAAGUAACGGCGGUCAAUCUAGCACAUGGAUCAACUGAUAACAAUGCGGUCAACGAUGAUAAAAAAGACAAAGUCGACGAUCGUGAUGAAAUCUUUAAAUGUGUUAAAAUGAAAACGGAAUCCAAAACAAAUAGUGAUUUAAAAAUGAAAAUUAAAAAGUGCUACAAAAAGUCGAAGAGGAAGGAGCCGAGUGGCGACCUAAAUAAAGUGACUGUCAGCGAUAACGGAAAACCUGGCGUUCCAAACGAAUCCGGAAAGAAGAGGAAGCGGGAAACGUGCAGAAAACAAUUUCGGCACAAAGACAUCACGUUAUACAAGCUCGGGAGCGGCCCUGAGAAAAGCAUCGCCAAGACGAAACAUGAAAUACAGAAAUUAUUUAUUAAGUGCCCCACGGGUGAUGGUCCAUCAAAAGAAGCAACUGAAUCUUUCCUUGCGACUGAAAAAGACGUGAGUAACUUGUUACAAUCAUCUGCAAAGGAAAAUAGUGACAAACUGGCCGAGGAAAAACUAGAGGAUGCUAAGCUAUUAGAAUCCGAAAGUACUCCAUGGUUAACCAAAGCGGUCCACGAGGAAGCUUCAAAUAAGUGUGAAACAGUAACCGAACCUAAAGCGAUUCCUGAAUUACGAAUAUUUGACGACUCUUCAAAGUCAUCGAUAGAGUUAACCGACAUAAAAACAAACAAACCCGAAUCUGGCAAACAUAAUUUACCAAUCAGAAUACCUGAAAGGCGAUCCAGCAUCGCACAACCCCUACGCCCGACUUCUAGUCGAGCUGAGGUUAAUUUUUCCGUCGAAAAUAUGGUCGAGAGUAAUUCUUCUACUUCGAUAGAGUAUAAUGGAAAAAUUUUACACAGGCCCUAUCAAUCUGUGGAGAGCGCCAAGAGUACGUCGUCUGAUGAAGAUCGCCCACCGCAAGUAGUUACCAAAAUUCCGGACAUAACGAACGAAGAACUGCCUGCUGGGUUAGGGAAACGUUGUAGUGGAAUCACAGAUCCACUGAAAGUCAAAGAAAACCACUUGCCUCUGCAAAAAACCUCGCUCAAAAAUGAUUCGAAGCACGAAAAGAUUUCGUCGCCUCGAAACGUUAAAACGAUCGUCUCACCGUUACAAAGCAUGCCUCGUUUAGACGUCACUGAAGAGCGUAUCCCUGACAAAGUAAGUCCUAUUUUAAAUGCGUCACCUUCAUCUAAAAAUUUGAAGCGAAAGCUGUCCCCUGAACGAGAUAAUAUACCCUUCGCCAAACAAUCUAAAGAAGAGCGCCCCACAUCGUACAAUUUUCCAUUCGCCAAUCCCCCCUUGUAUAAUUUCCUCCCCACGUUCGCAGAAUAUAACCGAUACCUCCGCCCACCUCACUUCGCACCGCGCGCCCUGACACCAUACGAAUCCUACAAUACUCACCUAGUUAGGAAUCCCAACUUUCCGCAAUCGAAUUUUUAUAACUACGAUUACGUCAAAUCUCUACUACGUUACUCGAAACAGGAACCGAGUCAUGCGCAAGCCUCACCCGCAACGAUUUCGCCCACCGUAACUUCGAACGUUCCGAAAACCAAGGAAACCGCAAUCCUAACCAUUCCAGUCGUGAGGGCUGCUAGUGUGAAACUCGCGGAAGAAUCGCACGAGGAUGAAGACUUAAAUGCGCAAACCUUAACGAAAAUUAUAAAUAACGAAUGUCUCUCGGUGACCAAAUUGCCUCCAAACGCCGAUAUUCCCAAACUGAACGUCGGUAAAAAGGAAAGUGGCUCCAAAUUGGAAAUGGAGAUACUUCGCAAGGAAUUGAUUAAACCCGCCGCUCCAGUGCGAACAUCGUCUCCAAAACCGACAUCACAUCAACUGAGCAAAGUGGAACCCGCACCAAAUUCGCCGCUUUACGUAAUAUCGGAUUCCGAAACAGAAACCGAUAACGAAGCGGAGUUAGAGGAGGAAAGAAAUAGUAGCGCACUAAAUCUAACAAAAGGGAACUCUGCAGUAGAUCAUAAACCCGCGGUGAGGGUUCGCAAUACUUCUUCAUCUGAGAAAAAACGAAUUGCGCACACGCUGAAUACGCUGACGUUUGUUGUCAACGAAAUAAUCGACAAAUCCGGCGGUAACAUGGAGAAACACGACAAAGACAUGCUACAUAAGCUACUGAAAGGUGUCCGUCAGAAUUUUGAGCUUAGCUCUGCCGACAUCGACGAAAGUCCUCCCGUGAUCGUAAAGCAGGAGAACGUUAUCGAAAUUGUGUCGUCCGAUUCGGAAAAUUCGAACGGCGGAAAGGACGAAACAGUUCAACAGUGCUUGGAUUUAUCAAAAACUGGCGAUGUUGGAAAGGAAAGUAGCCAAGUGCCCAAAAACCAAAGCGUCGCCAAUUCGCCAUCUGCCGCAAACGACGUCGUCGUAAGUUUAGUGUCGCCGAAUACUCAAGAGGCGCAUGCCGCCAAUACACCGCCGAAGAUUGCGGCGCACGGAGAAACUUGUGGAAUCGAUCUCUCGCUGCGUGGUAAGCCAAAUUGCGUCGAAGAGGCACAUCGAGUAACAGAAGUUAAUAACAACAAAGAUCCGAUAAGUAUCAGUCCAGUAGAUAGAUCAAACGUUGAAGCUGCUAUAACACGGAACCCGUCACCUUGUAGAGCUUUGGAGUCGCCUCAGACUGUGCUUAAAAGUAAGACAAGCAACGUCGAUAUAAAUGUUAAGAAAGAAAGCGUAAUUACUAGCCUCCCGCCAGCACGACCAAUAAUAGCCCGUCGAGCUAGUUAUCAUCCGUCCACUACAACACCAAAGCCCCAUCCAAACUUACCUUACAAAGACACAACAUACCACAACGUGUCUGGUAAUAUCGAACUUCCUCGACCGACCUAUCAAACAAAUAGAAAUCCAGUGAACAACCCUCAAGACUCGGAUCCCUCUUCCAAUUUGUCGACGAGUCUAAUGAAAACUUUCGUUUGCGAGUACCUAAGGGGAGGUAACCAGAACCAAACUCAGUACUCGCAUUCUGCGCCGGUCACACCAAAAUCCACGACUGCUACGAAUACGUUUACUUACACAAAUCCGCAAUCAAUGCAGGCGCUUCAAGAGUAUACCAAUCGAACUGCAUACCAAGCUUGGCAUGACGAACUAAGAAGACGCCGAGUUGCACUUCCUCAGUACUACGCCAACUCGAAUGAGCGGCCUCAAACAAAUGUGAAUUUAAAUAAACCGAUUAAUUACAACGGCGGCAACCCUUACCUGCACCCGACACAGCCUUCGGCAAAUCCGUAUGGCGCGAACAUGCCGAGAGCCGAACGUUACUAUGGAACUUACGGGAGUGUUGUAAAUGGAAACGUUCUCGCACCAAGUGCCGCUGUGAUUCCUCCCAAAAAUCAGGCAGCAAAUAAGGUGAAUGGGCAGUUUUCGUACGCAUCUCCAAAUUAUGGAUACUUUAGAAGAGGAGGUCCUCCAUCGAAACCGUUCGCAAACUAUAAUCCAACGAAACCGCCGCCCGCGCCCAACCAAAAGCAGCCACAACAACCCCAUCAAUUUGCGGAGAUCAACUCGAAAAAGCCGGAAAGUUUCUUGGGCAAGGGCCGGUUGAGAGAAGCGGUGUUCAACGACAACGCGUCGCCAGAUUACGGUUACUAUUCUCCGCAAACGAAAGCGGCGACAACGGUCGACGGAGCGCAGCAGUACGGCGCCUACUCGCAAAACAUUGAAAAGCGCCGUCCAUCCGUCUCCUCUCAACACUCUAGUCUUAGCACGUUAGAAAACCCGUUCUCCGAACACCACCACACGAACAGCAACAGUUCAAGCACCACCUCGAUCGGAAGCGUGAACAAUAACCCCGAACCGCCCCCGCAGACGUUUUCGCUGAUAUCGCAAUCGAAGGACCAAGCCAUACUGGCGAAGAUCCUGCCGAAAUUGCAAGCGAGCGAUCAGCCCCUAACGCCCGAGCAGUACGUUCGCGAAAUGAACAUACUGGAGGCCGAGGGCUGUCCCAAAAAACUACUCGAGUUUUACGCUUACGUUACCAAGAAACAAAUCGCGAGCAACCAGCGCCCGAUAGGCUUCGGCAUAUUUUUGGAGUUUCAGAGCGCGGGAAAGCUAACCGUUUUCGAAGACGCGUUCAAAUUAUACACCGAGAAGCGUCAAAUUGAAAAGUUUUAAAGCAGCUAAGUGCAACGGAACUUGUACUUUGUUUUACAUUUAUUUUUCUACCAAUUACUAAAUUAAAGCCAUCUAUGCUCAACUACCUAUAUUCGUGCUUUACUUUAAUUAUGUGUUCAACUGGAAGACUGAAUUUAGAUAUCUAAGUAUUUUUAGGCGCUAGCCGGAUGUUUGGGGUUACUGGUUGCACGAUUUUUGUUUCUAAAAGCUUAGUUGGACCAAAAUUUCACAUUUGCUUUUUAAAUUAUCACCGUUUUCUAUUUCUAGUAGAAGUGACUGGAGUAAUAACUACCAAUCGUAUUUAUGUACGGUAUACGACAAAGGUAGAUGAUAUUUAUGCGGAGAUACUUAAAGACCUUUUCCCUCCAAGCCAGUGUUUCGUAUCACUAAACUUAUUCUAGCUAUUAGUUUCAAUCAUUAAUUUAUUUUUUGUUGCCAACUGAUCUGUUAGUUGUAUACAGUCUUUUCAAUAAUACACUCUCGGCCAUAGCCUUUAGAACGAGACGAGAAUUUUCACAGUGCGCUUACGCAUUCCUUUAAUUGCAGACUAGGUAAGGCGUUUUAUAUGUAAAUCAAAAUUUGGGCUGUGUCCUUAGUGUUAAAAUCAUUCAUUUUAUUUUGUAAGUUAUUGUGUCAUGCAAAUUGUUAGCCAACAGCCGAUAAGGAUCAAGAACAUAUCAUCAUUAAAAUACAAUAAAGGUAGCUUUAUGAUGUGUUAUGAAAUGACAUUGUCCCCUCCUAGACCUAACUGUUAAAACUCUCUGUAUUAUUGUAUCAAUGUUGGGAAGUUUUAUGUUUGUAGUAAGGUAAAGACUUAAAGAAUAAAAUUCCUAUUAAAAAAUGACUAAAAGACAGAUCCUCACGAUCUGUGUUCAAAAAGUAUUUGAUAUUUAACGUUUAAU